AUGCUGCCAUUUCCCGACUUCGUCUGCAGGUAUAUGGACAAUCCAAAAGCCAAGUGUAACGUCCAACUGGACCUCGACAAUCCUGAGCGAACGGCAGAGUUGUUACUAGAGGAGGGAAACAACGGCGCUGCGAAGACCCCAGAUAUGAGGGGGGUUCCCCAAAAAGAGAUGUACGAGAUCAAUGAGAAGAAUGAUGCGGAAAUCUCACCCAAAUUGAAGUACUACAACAGCUUCACCGAAGACCUCGCCCAAACAUUCAAUGCCGCCGCCAAGAAAUACGGUACAUCCACUUACAGCGAGGUCUACAAGGAACUUGCUGCUGUUGAGCCUCUUUUGAAUCGUAUUCUCAAGGUACGUUCAGAGGAUAUGCAGACAAAGCAAAAUAUUCGAAAGACUUUUGUGGAAGCCUUUAUGAAAGACAGUACUUUCAAAAGCUACAAAGGCUCAGUGGACCCUGCGGAUAUGCUGAAGAACGCAAAGCUCUGGCAAGUAGUCAAGAAAAAGCUGGGAAUGGAUAAUUAUCCAGAUGAUGAUCCUAGGAUCAUGAGAGGGUUAAAAGACUGGGUGGAUGGCAUAGGUGCUACAUACACAGUCAAACCGCAGCCUCUAUUUGGUAUCGUUGCGUAUGGCCACAUCUACGCUCUGAAGGGCUGGGAGGGGAUGAAAAGAAAUCUCCAGUGUCAGCUGAAAAGCAAGAAGUAA